AAGGCCUAGGCCCAAUUACAUGACAUCCUCCCCAUGUAGAAGAAACAAAGAUCUAGAGGGAAAAAAAAAAGAACGGUCGACGAACGAAGAAGAAGAAGAAGAAGAAGAAGAAGAAGAAGAAGAAGAAAAUGGCGGCGAACCGAGGUCUGAUUCCGGAUGAUCUCAAUCUCGAUAGGCUGAGGAACUUAGUUACAAGCUACAUUGAGCGCGAUUCCGAGACUGCAAUUCCGGCAUUGAGACGCAUAGCUGAUUUGCUAGAGACUGAGGGCAAGGAGAGCAAAGAUUUGCUUCAGCUUUUGGGUUUAUCAAAGGACAAACAUCCUUCACCAACUUUCUCGGGAGGAGAUGAAAAAGUUGCUUUGAUCUCUCAUCUGAUUGACUUCAUGGGUGUAAUGGAGUCUGACUACUGUAUGAUGAAGACGGCUGUGGUAAACGAGGGUGUGAUCUUUUAUAGACUUUAUGUGGGCAAGUUCAGAUCGUGUUUGUUGGAGAAGAUGGAUGAGCUGGUUCUUCAAGAGCUCAAGGCUCAAAAGAUUGAAGAUUUGGAGAUUCUGAUCUGGAAUGUCAAGACAGUAACACUGGAUCAUACUAUGCUGGGGCUUGUGGUUAGUACUCUUGUUUCACUGGAGAAACUGAAAAGGAUAGAGAAAUGCCUCUGCGAUGUGAUCAGUGAUGGAAGGGUGUUCAUCCUAACCCGCCAGUUCAUGCCACAACCAGAAGUCUUUCCCGUCGUACAAGUCUCCCAGUCUGUGGAGAGGGAACAACACGUCUCCAAUGCUCAGAAGUUGAUCGAGUUUUCUGGUGAGUUUUUGGAUCUGGUAGGUGGUUGUUCUUUUGAAGAAUUGGAGAUGGAUGAGUUGGAAGAAGUAGAGGACAUUGUCAGGAAAAUGGAAUCUGAUUUGGAAAAGAGAGCUGCUGUUGAGGGAGGUGAGGUGUAACAAGACCAAGUAGACGUUUUGUUUGCAGACGGAAGAGUUCAGUAACAAUAAAUAAAAAAAAAAGACGUUUGUUUACUGAUUUCCGAUUUUAAAGGUUUUUUUUUAGAUAUAUUAAUUCUAUUACAGAAUUAUUAUGGUUGCGACAACUCAAUACUUCUUUUGACGUCAACGUGCAAUGAUAAUGCCUAGUCUCUUACUUCA